AGAAAUCAAAACUAUUUAUGGGCAGAUAAAAAAGUUCUAAAUUUAUUAUUGAUCAGAAAAGUACAAAUUAAUACAACUCUUGAAUUACCACUUCACAGCUAUCAUAUUGACUGGCUAAUGUGACAAAAAAAGAAAAUUAUAAAUGUUGAAAGGGAUGUGGGAGAACUGGGACACGAAUGCAUCAUUGUUAGUGGAAUUGUGAACUGGACCAGUCAUUCUGAAGAGCAACUUGGAACUAACCGAAGGGCUAUAAAAUUGUGCAUAUACUUUGACCCAACAAUAUCACUUCAGGUCUUUAUUCCAAAGACAUGCAAAAAAAAAGGGGGGGGGGAAGAAACCUAUUUGUACAAAAUUAUUUAGUAUAGCUCUUUUUGUGGUGGCUAAGAAUUGGAAAUCAAAAGGAUGUCCAUCAAUUGGAGAAUGGCUAAACAAUUUAUGGUAUAUAAUUGUAAUGGAAUAGCAUCGUACUAUAAGUAAUGACAAGCAGAAAAAAAAUCUGGGAAGACUUACAUGAACUGAUGCAUAGUGAAGUGAACAGAACAGAACUUUGUACACAGUAGCAGCAAUAUUAUUCGAUGAAGAAUUAUGAAUGAUUUAGCUAUUCUCGCCAACACAAUGAUCCAGGACAAUCCCAAAAGACUAAUGAUGAAAUGUACAAUGUUCUCUUGGUUCUACUCACUUUAUUCACCAUCAAUUCGUGCAAGUCUUUCCAGGAUUUUCUGAAAUCAGUUUGCUCAUCAUUUCUUAUAGAACAAUAAUAUUCUAUUACAUUAAAAUAUCCUAACUUAUUCAGCCAUUCCUCAACUUGGGCAACCAUUCAAUUUCGUUCUUUGCCACUACAAAAAGGACUGCUACAAACAUUUUUGCAUAUGUGAAUCUUUCCCCCUUUUUUAAUGAUUUCUUUGGGAUAUAGACCUAAUAGAGAUAGUGACAGAUUAAAAGCUAUGCAUAUUUUGAUAGUCUAUCGGGCAGAGUUCCAAAUUGCUCUCCAGAAUGAUUGGAUCAGGAUGUUUAAAAUUGAGAGAGGGGGAAAGAAGACUUCCUUUCUUUAAUCUUUCACAGAAAUGAGGAGGGUAUAAGUCGCCCUGAUUCCAGAGCCAGUAUUUUAUCCACUGUUGCCAUCCAAAUGUCCCAGGGAUGGGAAAGGAUGUUGAACAUUGCACAUAACCUCAACUGUAUUGAUUAGUUUUGUUAAUUUUUUUCUUUAAAAAAAAAAAACUAUAAGAGAGAGAGGGGGAAAGAGAAAAGAGAAUAAGGGGAAAUCUAGUAUGUAAAAACAAAAAGAUAUUAAUAAAAUGUAUUUUAAAAGAGAAAGCCCAUGCUCUAAAGUCAAGUUUAGACUUGGAAAAAUGAAAACUAUGUCAAAGAUAUGUUUAAUAUACAUUUUGCUGAGUGUGAUUCCAUGAUGAAGAAGAAAAGAAUGUGUUAAAAUCUUACUACUCCAAAAUCAAACUGUACAAAGCAAGUGAUCGCAGCAUAAGGACACACUGCUUAUUAAGGUUUUUUUUUUUUUUUUGAGUUGUAAAAAGUUAUAAAGUUUAUUGUAUAACUAUUUUACCUCAUCCCAGUUAAUUACUCAAUGAGGGAAUCUUAGAAAAUAACUGGGGUUUCCCUUUUAACUACGUUUUUGUGCAGCAGACUUCCCUCCAAGUUUUAUUAAGUUUCAUUUCCUUAGAAUCCACCCUUCCAUUUCACCCCCUUGCUUCAGUCCGCCCCACUCCCGCCUCUUCUAGGAAAGCCUUUUUCUCCUAGAGACUCUUAAGACGAGAGAUCCGGGAAAACUUGAAUGGUCUGAGAUGGAAGGGAGAGUGACAAAGGAUCCAGCAACCAAGCGCAAGAGUUCAACCCGAGGUUCCCGCAAGUCGCAGGCAGCACAAACCCGUACUUCGAGUCUUCCCUCUCAGGCUGCCCCCGAUCUUCAGGACUCCGCUGUAGGCAAAGGCUCCUGUUCCAGUGGUUCGGAAAUUCUGCGGGAGAAGAAACCCCCUGUAAGGCAGAAGAAACAACCUCCUGUAGUCCAGGAGAAACUCCCGGUCAGGGCUCCGGAGUCUCAGUCCGGUAAGAAGGGGCUUCCCCAUCCAGAGGACGGACAUACACUGAGGGACAGGAGACCGGUCCUUGAGGAGGAUGAGUCCCCUGGUGCCCCGACAUCCCUUUUCAACGAGCCGGGAAUCUUGGCCAACGAAAAAAGGGAUCAUGUGAACCUUAAAAAGAAGGUCCUCCGCCAGAACUCUGCUAGCUGCAAACUAGAGAGUGUAGUGGAAAAAGUGAAGCUGAGGCGUCAGGAUAAAUCUAAAGCCUGCGAGUUGGUGAAUAAGGUCGUGGACCACCUGAAACGGAAGCUACCUCUCCUUGACUCGGCCUUCGAGGGCAUUGAGAGGCUGGGCACAGGCAGCUACUACGAGUUUGUGAAGAUUUCUGCUCCUAAUGAAUUUGAUAUCAUGCUUAAACUGCAAGUUUCUAGAAUUGAACUAAAAGAAUAUGAUGACAGUGGUGCAUUUUAUUUUGUGAAGUUUAAAAGAAAUCCAAAAGGAAACCCUUUGAGCAAAUUUUUAGAUAAUGGAAUAUUAUCAGCUUCUAAGUUUCAGUCUCAAUUUAGGAAACUCAUUAAGGAAGAAGUAAAACAUAUAAAAGAAAUGGACAUUACUGUGGAGAGAAAAAAGCCUACAAGUCCAGCAGUAACCCUUCUAAUUAGAAAACCUGAAGAAAUAUCAGUGGACAUAGUCCUAGCUUUGGAAUCGAAGAGCAGCUGGCCCUCAAGUACAUGCGGGGGUCUACCAAUUGAAAACUGGCUAGGAAAAAAAGAAAAGAGGAAAUUUAAAUUCGAGCCAGUUUAUCUUGUACCUAAACCUGUAAAGGAAGGAAAUGGUUUUCAAGCUAACAUAUGGCGGCUUUCCUUCUCACACAUUGAGAAGAAAAUGCUAAUGAAUCAUGGAAGUUCUAAAAGAUGCUGUGAAACUAAAAUGUUAUGUUGCAGGAAAAAAUGUUUAAAGUUGAUGAAAUAUCUUCUUGAACAACUGAAAAAAAAGUUUGAGAACCACAAGGGGCUAAACAAAUUCCAUUCCUAUCACAUUAAAACUGCCUUCUUUCACUUAUGUGCCCAGAAACCACACGACAGUCAAUGGCAAAAAGAAAAUCUACAACAGUGUUUUGAUGCCUGUGUGACUUACUUUCUUCAUUGUCUCCAGAUAGAACAACUUAUACAUUUUUUUAUUCCUAGAUGUAAUCUCUUUAGUCGUGAUCUUAUUGACAAAAACAGUCAAAUAUUUCUCUUAAAGCAAAUUGAAUUUCAAAAAAACAAUAUGUUUCCAGUGUUUGAUGAAUAAGAUUAUGCUUAGAAAAGAAAGAAGACUUACAGUUGCUGUCACCUUAAUAAAGUAAUUUCUGAAAUUGUCA